AGUCGGUUAUAAACCGGUUUCUUAUUAUCCUUACUUGAUAUUUUUGUAAUAUAAAAUGUAUCACGUUAUUAAAUGACUAAUUCAUUUCAUUCUCGGCAUUGUCUGUAUAGCUAUUGAACGUGUUUUACUGUUAACAUCAACAAUGUUAUUUUAGUAAUAAUUAAAAUGAUAAAUAAUAAUAUUUAUUUCGUUAAUUUUUUUAUUGUUGCAUUUUAUAUAACGUUAACAUUUUCAACCACUACAGUUCCUCCUAACCAAGAAGAAUGUUGGUGGACUGGAUGUCAAUUAAAAACCUGGGCUGUGACUGGAUGUGAUCAAUAUAAUCGAACCCAAAAAAAUAUCAGAGUUUGUACGGAUGGUUCUGAGUAUUAUUGCUGUUCCAAAAGUGAAAAGCCUGUCGAAGAUUGUUGGUGGACGGGAUGUCAGUUGAACACCUGGGCUGUUAAAGGUUGUAAAAGUUAUAACAGAACGGAAAGAGAAAAAAUAGAAUGUGAGGAGGGAUUUAAGUAUAAAUGCUGUGAGAGUACUUUUUAUGAAGACAAUUUAAAUCCUAACUAUCUGGAUGAAGCCUGUUGGUGGUCUGGGUGUCAGCCGAAAAAUUGGAGCGAUCGUGGAUGUCCAUUAAAUACAAUUCAAAUUCAUUCUGAUGCCUGUCUUAAUGGAGAUUUAUUUCAGUGUUGUGUUAGAAAGAAUUCUUCCAGUACUAAUGGCAUUGAUUCAGACGAAGAAGACAUUGAAACAAUAUCUGGUACAUCGUUCACGGAUUAUGUGAAAUACUUGCUUUUAAAAAGUAACAACUUCUCGAUCACCCCCGACAAACUACGUUGUGAUCUUAUCGACGUAGAUAAAUCACAUGUGUUUCGCAUAAAAAACGAAGGUAUACGAGUUUGUGAUUUGUGUCCAUAUUUCCCACAACAUAAAUAUCAAAAUAUAUACUUAGACACAGAUCCUAUAGGAGUUCGAGAAAACUUAAAUUUUCCAGAUUGUUUUGGAUUAUGUUUUGACAGUAGUAGCUGUAUGGCCUUCAGUUAUGACCACUCAGCAAAGAAAUGUUAUACAUUUGCCAGUACAGAUGGCAAUCUUGAAGAAGGAGAUCGAUGGACAACAGUAUUCAUGACUCAGCCUACUGGAGUAUUGUUUGAUUGGAUGUAUUCGCGACACACAUCGGCAGUUGGUUCUGUUCAUUUAAAUAAAACACAAGAAAAUACAUUUUUAAAUUGUUUAAACAAAUGCAAUAUGCAACCAGAGUGUAAUAUUGUUUCAUAUUCGCUUAUGAAUUCAAUGUGCACAACGUACCAUGAUAUUGAAAAUAAUUUGAAACGAGUUGAUUUUGAAUACGGUUAUAUAUCGGCGUUUCGUAUGUCAAUUCUACCGAUAAGCAAUAACGAAAAAUGGCGUUUUAUUGAAACAGGCGAUUAUGGUGUAUUGUUUUUAAAAUCAAUUAAAAUAAAAGAUGAACCAUGUUCAAUAAAAAAUGAUUCACACAAUAGUUUUUAUUCCAAAUCUUGUUUAACCACUCCAUCAGAAGGAUGCGACGUAAAAACUGGAUGCAAAGUAUGUUAUUAUCCAGAAAAAGCUAUUGGGCCUGAAAACUUGAGUAUUUGUCCCGACAGUGAGAUAUAUUUUUUGGAAAAAAUUGAAAAAUUGAUUAAUAAUGAAAUGAAUCAAUGUUUAAAAAAUAUCAAUUGUAUGGGGUUUGGAUUUAACUCAGAACAAACGGAAGUAAUAACAAUUGAAAAUUUUGGUCAACGUCAAUAUAGUAAGUCAUUCAUGUUGAAAUACCCUAAACAAAACACUGAAGGUAUACAUAGGUAUCUAAAGAAAUACGAAUUUAUUGAAAAUCUUGUAAUCAAUUACAUACCGAAUACAAAAACUGGUAUACAGAGUUUAACCAACGUAUCAUUUGAUGAAUGUUUAUUGAACUAUGAAAAAUCAAAUUAUAAACGAAUGUCAUACAUAAAAAAUGAAAAAAAAUGUGUUCUAUCGUCUGAAUUUGUAGAACUGAUAGAAACUAAAAAUGCCGUCACCUUAUUUAAAAAUCCUACAUUUUUGUCUUCAACGUUGAAUUAUAUACGUACUCCAGGUCUACGUCUUGAUUCAAAGUUUUUAAUUAAAAAAACUAACUGUACAACAAACUGUGAAGAAACAUGUGCGAAUACUUGUAACCAACCUCAUAAUGAUUGGUGCGCUUAUGUGUCUAUAGAAUAUUUUGGAAAUUCGGCGAAAUGUAAUUUUUUUAAUUCUAACGAAACAAAUUUGAGAAUAGAAGUUUCGGCAAAUUCUAUGAUCCUAGUAGCUCAAAGUAAACCGAAUUUCACUCUAGCCGCCUUAGAUCAAGUAAAUCCAUUUAGUGAAGAUGAAAAUAUGGUGUUGGGAUGUUUUUCCGGUACCAGAGAACAAACACAAACAUCACUCACAGUUUACGAAAAUCCAAGUGAAACAACUUCAGUGGCGAUACGCCGUAAAAGAGGUUUCUUUGACUGGAUAGGUAAAGCAGUAAAAACUGUAGCUAAAACCGUUGUGAACGUAGUAAAAGAAACGGUAAACGAAGUUGUUGAUACGGCUAAGGGAGUGGCAAAAGCUGUUGGAAAAGUAGUAAAAGGAGAUUUAAAUGGUGCAAAAAAUGCAAUCACAAAUAUACCAAUAGUUAAAGAUAUAAAAAAUGCUGUGGAAUUUGGUGGCGCUGUUAUUUCUGGAAACUGGGAUGAUGCUAAAGAAAAAGGAAUAGAUUUAUUAGGAUCAUCGUUACUAGACGUUGGUCUUACUGUUAUAGCCCCAGGAGUAGGAAAAGUCAUAGGGACGGGAUUAAAAUCUAUAGCCAAAGGAUCCAAAGCAGCCAUUAAAAACACCAAAAAACUAUCAAGUAAUGGAAGAAGUAAAAUUACUCAAAAGAAUAAUAAUUUAGACAAAGAAAAUAAUGGUAAACUAAAAAACAAAAAUAAGGAUGAGAAAGAUAAUAUAGAUCGUUGUGAAAGUCGACACACACGAGCAACUACGAAGCGAGGAAAGUAUGGUUGUAAGCGAGCAGAGUGUGAUGCGCCAAAAGGUGUUCGUUUUUCUUUAAAAAACACAUUUCAAAGGUGUAAUAGAAAACAAGUGGGAUCAAAAUGUCAUUACGAGUGUAAAGUAGGAUAUGAAGAGAAAGGUCCAAGUGCAACUUGUAUCAAGAAAACAAAUCAAAUGUCUUUGUGGGAUCCGAAACCUGAAUGUACCUUAGACAAGUGUGAUGAUAGCAAGUUUCCAGUAAUUGCUGUAAGAACUCCAAAAGUCGAAAGUUUGACUUCGAUUUCGACAAGUAAAUAUAUUGUUGUAUAUGUAGUUAUGUUUGACAAAUCACGAAAAUUGCCUGUAUGGUCAGUCGCCUUACAUCAAAGUGACCAGUUUCAGUCAAAAAGUUACAACGAUGCCAAAGACUUUGGACGGAAAAGUUUUUUUAGGUAUCCUUGCACGGCAAUACUUAAUCAUCAGACUCUCAGUACUGAUUAUAGCAAUUCUGGUUGGGAUCAAGGUCAUUUGACUCCAGCAAAUAUAGCUCGAUGGUCAGAAAAAGCUUCUAAAAGUACUUUUUCAUUUAUAAAUAUUGCUCCUCAAGUACCUUAUAUAAAUGAGCAUCCAUGGAAAAAAUUAGAAUUUCACGUAGAAUGUUUUGGUACCAAGCACCGAACUAUUGUUGUUACAGGCAUUUGUAAAGAAUCAUUAAGUUCAAAAUUUGGCAAACAAAAUGUUGAUGUUCCCAAAUGCUUUUGGAAAAUGAUAUGUUAUAAGGACGAAAACAGUAUAGAGAGAGUCGUGGGUUUUGUGGCCGAUAAUUCACCCAUUAAAGCCGGUACAUUAGCUAAUAGAGAAGAAGAUAUAUUCACAGCCAGAUCGCAAUCGGAUAUUGAAAAAUUAUAUGAUGUAACGCUGGGAAGUCCAUGGAUUAAGUCGAUUGAUGCAACUUCUGGUCGACAGGUUGGCAUUAAUUCUGGAUUUUCUAAUGAUGCUAAUUCAGGGACAAUAUGGUUGCCCGUAAAUAUUUACGACUGCAUGAAGGCUAAAGAGUUAGAUGAAUACGAAAAAAAAGAAUGGGAAAAAAAACUAAUGAAGAAAAAGAGCAAACGAAAACGAGAAAUUUCUAAUAGAUUUUCAAGGGGAUGUACACCAUCUGAACUAAAAGAAAAAGAAGAAUUUUUUGAUUUAAUUAAAAAACGCCAAGUCAUUACAGGGGAAGAUACCGAUGAUGAAGAUAGUGAUUCAGAUGAUGAAAAGUCACCAAACGGAAAUGUCGAAGUAUCUGUGCAAAAUUGUGGAAAACGAAUUGUCGGAUAUUACACUUCGUGGGGACUGAAAAAGAUUAAAAGCAAUGUAUUGGCAAGGCUGACACACGUAAUUUAUGCUUUUUUGGAAAUACGUAGUGAUGGUACAAUUGACUUGGGAUCACCGGACGUUGCGCACAGUGUUGACGUAGAAGAAGAAACAAAAAAGUCUCGUAAUAGACUAGAACAUCUUAUGAAUUUGGCCAAAUUUUAUCCACAUUUAAAAAUUAUGUUUGCCGUUGGAGGGUGGGAAAACUCACAGUAUUUUAGCAAAAUUGCAGCAUCGUCACACAGUAGAGUAAAAUUUAUCGCUUCCAUUAUUAAACUUAUUGAAAAAUAUGGUUUUGAUGGAGUAGACAUUGAUUGGGAGUAUCCAGUUACUGGCGGUGCAGUCGAAGGCAUACCACAAGACAAAUCAAAUUAUGUUCUUCUCAUGAAGGACUUAAGACAGGCUUUGGACGUUUUCGCUAAUGACGCAGGUCGCAAAAAUAAAUUUCUCAUAUCGUUUGCUGGUGCUGCUGGUCAAUGGACUUUGGAUCCAGGUUUUGAUUUGCCUGGACUGUUACAAUAUGCAGAUUUCGUGAACGUAAUGACUUAUGAUUUCUUUGGCGCUUGGUCUAGUAAAUGGGGAGCUUAUACAGGACCACCAGCACCGCUGUUCUUUGGAAUGCCACCUAGAUUUUCUGGUAAAACCAACGUUGACUGGACAAUCAAAUAUUACACUUGUAAAUCCAAGCAGCCUCAUAAGAUCAACAUGGGCAUACCAUUUUAUGGUGGGUUUUGGAAUAAUGUCGGUGAUUCAGUUGACGGCAAAGACCAGAUGUGGCGGAUGGCAAAUUCGGUAAAUGGUAUUUUUCAAGGGGGUUACACACCGUGGUUUAAAAUACAAGAAGAACACUUGUCCGAUAAAAGAUUUAUUCAAAGUUUUCACGAGAAGAGUAAAUCACCAUAUGCUUGGAAUUCUGACACCCGAGUAUUUUUAGGAUACGAAAACCAAAAAUCUUUAGAAUUUAAAACUAAGUAUGCAACCAACAAAAAUGUUGGUGGACUAAUGAUUUGGUCUGUAGAUUUAGAUGACGAUGAUCUUACACUUUUAAAUACAGUGUAUAACGCACCACUAUGUGAUAAGACUAAUCCGGAUGAAGUGAAUCAUAAAUGUUCGCCUAUAGAUGAAAAGCGUUGGUGGACUUCUGAAGAUGGCGAUGACAUGGCUGGGCUUUGUGGUCGAUCUGCUCCUUUGUACAAAGGCUAUUAUCCAGUAUGUGAUCCUGACGAUCCGGGUUACAGUUGUUGUGGUCCAUCCGGUUACUGUGGAUCUGGUGAGAAAUAUUGUGAUUGUCCCACAUGCAAAGAUUAUGGAAAUAAUCCAAAAAUAAUCUUAAAUGAACCCAUUAAGCCUACUGUAUCCGUCACAUGGUAUUUCCUUAAUGCAAAAGAAGGCUUACGUGGAAGAUGUGGUCGAAAAAUACCAAAAAUCAAUAGUGUAUUUCCUACGUGUAACCCGGAUGACGAGAAUGCGUAUUGUUGUUCUAAUGGUAACUACUGCGGUAAGGGAGCUGAUUUCUGUGAUUGUCAAGGAUGUGUAAAUUUCAAAAAGACACCAUCAUACCGGUUUGGUCCAAAAAAAUGGUGGACUUUAGAGGAUGGGGACAAAAAAGCUGGAACAUGUGGCCCCAAAGCCGACAAAGUUGAUGGCGUUUAUGAAGCUGAAUGUGAACCUAACACUAAAUUUAAUUGUUGUAGUCCUAAUGGGUACUGUGGUUCUGGACCAGACUAUUGCAACUGCAAAGGAUGUAAACGCUUUUAAAAAAAUUUUUUUAUAAAUAUAUUGUAGCCUCUUACUUCAAAAAUGAAUAAGGUUCUUCGUAGAAAUAAUUGUUUUUAAAUUUAAAUAGUUAUUAAAAAGUUCAUGUAAUUGUAUCCAUAUAUUCAAGGGUGUUCCCAUUCAUUUUUUUGAAAGUAUACUAUGCCAUACUGUACCAGAACACAGACUUUUGAUACAAUACAAAUAAUUAUCUUUUGUUCAAUUAAGGACGUGUACAAAUAAAAAUAAAUUGAAAUCAAA